CCGCUGCUGUCAGAAGAAAUCAGUCCCGAGACGGAAACUGCUAUGAAAGAAUUGGUAGAGAAAUAUCGUCCCGUGAGGCAAAGGACAGUCCGGGGAAAACUACAAAGGACAAAGAUGGGGCUUUACCACCAGCAGUCUACUCGAAGGAACAAGAUUGUGAUAGAGUGGACUUGAUGGAGGGACUAGGGAACGAUCUUAACACUGAGGAACCAAUAGAUUUUACCGUGGAUGAAGAAGAAAAAGAAGAAGACCUAUUCGUUCAUAUAUGCUACAUCUGAAGGUGGAGAUGCGCCACAAGUCACAUUUGUGGACGACUGUCUAGUUGCAGUGGCAGUUGCUGAAGCGCGACCCCCGCCAGAUGAAUAUGAACCCGACUCAGGAGAUGACUUUUCUGAUAGGGAGAAGAUAUUGCGCCUGUUACCAUUUCAAGGUCUGGGCGGCCAAUACGUGCCCAUUUUCGACUUGAUUUGUAAGGUAUGCUUAUAG